AUGGUUAUAUGUGGAGAAAACUAUCAUAGGAUUGGUUCACUGUUGCCUCCUGAUGGUGAAAAACCGAAGUGUCCCCAACUUUAUAUUUUUGAACCGGAGAAUGAAAUCAACAAUCGUUUGGCAAAUUUUGCAUCCCGUGAUGGUCUACUUAUGUCAGAACUGCUCACAUCAUUGCUCCAAAUGCUUGAUCAACAUAACCAGCUUGUCAAAACCUUUAGGCAAGUUCGGCAGCAACUACAAGAUUCUUCAACAAUGAACUUAAAACUCCGGAUAUUUGGAGCCAAGAGCAGGAAUAGGCAAUACGAUUUGCCUAGCAUCACUGAGAUUGCAGGGCUUAUACCAGGUGAUUUCAUUCCGGACAGAGAUGAUCGUGAUAUCAUUGUUGAUAAUAUCUAUGAGGGUUUGAAGAGAAUUACGAGCCUCAAUCCAAAAUUUGAUGCGUUGCAUUUCCCACUCAUAUUUCCAUAUGGAGAGGAUGGAUAUCAUCCGCUCAUUAAAUAUAGAUCAGCUUUUUGUCCUCCUUCUAUGCGCAGGCAAUUUGUUACUCAGCGUGAGUAUUAUGCAUUUAGGCUUCAAUAUCGCAAUGGCGAGGGUCAUACAAUUGUUCAAGCUGGAAGAAGCUCUUCAACACUUUUGUAUUGA